CGGAAGGGGGGAAGCCCGAGUUUGGCGGCGGCGGCGAGGAAGAGUAGGGAGCCGGCGGCGGGGACCAGGGGGCGGGCAGGCGGGAGAAGAGGGGGCCGUGCAUGGGCCGGGGGAGGCCGGCAGGAAGCGUGCAUGAGCCCGAUGAUGAUGAUGAUGAAGAAGAAGCAGCAGCCGCUGGAGGACGGGAGCGGCGUCCUGCUCAAGCCUGAGUACCUGUCCAAGGUGGCGGAGGAGGUGGUGGAAGGCGACCGGGUGGUUGAGUCGGCGGCGGCGGCUCCUGCUGCUCCCGGAGCCGAGCUGAGCCGGCCCCGCAACGGUCUGCAGGCCCGCGGCUGCAAGCGGCGCCACAGCAGCAUCAGCUCGGGCUUCAAGCACCCGGGUUUCAAGCAGCAGCAGCGGCGGCAGCGGGCGGCCUCGGACUGCGACCCGGUGCUGCCCAGCAACUUCUUGCUAGGCGGCAACAUCUUCGACCCGCUCAACCUCAACAGCCUGCUGGACGAGGAGGUGAGCCGGGCGCUCAACGCCGAGACGCCCAAGUCGUCGCCACUGCCGAGCCGCAGCCGGGAGCCGGUCGAAAUCCUGGUGCCCCGCGACAUCACGGACCCGCUCAGCCUCAACCGCGACUCCGAGGUACCGCCGUCGCCGCUCAAGCUGGGCCGCAAGCGGCGGCACCGGCACGGGCACCACUCGGUGGAAGAGCCUCCCGGGCCCGCGGCGGCGGCGGACGUGGCAGCGGAGCCCGAGCCCUACGAGCUGAACACGGCCAUCAACUGCAGGGAGGAGAUCGUGUCGCCGGUACUGCGGGGAGCGGAGCCGGGCUCGGCGGCCGGAGGAGGAACCAGGCACCGCAAGAGGCGGCGGACUUGCAGCAAGUCGGAGCCGGGCAAGCCCCCGGCCCCGGCUCAGGGGGAGGAGGGUGGGGAGGGCAAGAAAUGGACGCCGGAGAAGCCGCGGGGUAAGGGCGGCCCGCCCAGUUUCCCUAGCCGCCAGCGGCGCUUCCAGUACGGGAACUACACCAAGUACUACGGCUACCGCAACCCGGACCGCGGCGACGACCCGCGCCUCGCCGUCCUGCGGGCCGACUGGUUCCGCGGUAAGGACAUCCUCGACCUGGGCUGCAACUCGGGCCACCUCACCCUGCGCAUCGCCCGUGACCUGCGGCCGGCCCGCAUCGUCGGAGUUGACAUCGACGGCGGCCUCGUCCACUCGGCUCGCCGCAACAUCCGCCACUACCUGUCGGAGGAAGCGAGGGCCCCGGGCCGCCGCUUCCCUGUAUCGCUGGCCAAGUGCAAGGGGCCGAUCGCCGCGCCGCCCGUCGCCCUCGACUGUCAGACUGUGUCCGGCUUCCCCAACAACGUCACCUUCGUCCAGGGAAACUACGUGCUGGAGAAGGAUGAGUUGCUGGAGACGCAGAGACCCGAAUAUGAUGUCAUCUUAUGUUUGAGUCUGACAAAAUGGAUUCAUCUCAACUGGGGCGAUGACGGGCUGAAACGAAUGUUCAAGCGCAUCUACAGGCAUUUGCGGCCGGGUGGGAUUUUCAUCCUGGAGCCACAGCCCUGGUCUUCCUAUGGAAAACGACGAAAACUUACGGAGACAAUCUACAGGAACUACUAUAAAAUCAUCUUUAAACCAGAUCAGUUUACGUCUUAUCUUUUGUCCCCAGAAGUUGGAUUUUCCAGUUAUGAGCUGGUGGGAACGCCUCAAAGCACAUCUAAAGGAUUCCAGCGUCCCGUUUACCUCUUUCACAAGAAUCGUCAAUCCAGUGCAAGCUAAGACUUCCAAAGCCAGUUUCUGGCUGCUGUUUGUUUUUCAUUCAUCGGUGGCUCUUUCCUGACCAUCUCCUCUUUUUAAAGCCAAUGGAAGAUUCUACAGGGGAUGCAUAGUCCAUCAUGAGCACUGCCUUUUUGGUUUUAAAUUGACAUGCUGUUCUUUCAGUCUGCUUUAUAAGGCUCACGAAUGUAAUAAAGCAUUUUAGGGUUGUAACUGCAUUUGCUGGGUUUAGGCACCUCUGGGCAGGGAAAUGCAUUAAAUAAUCGAAGAGCAGUUUUCACCGUUCAGAAUAGUGGCAUUGCCUCCAGCAGUACUGCACUUGUCAAAUUCCUGCUGUUUUGGUAGGUCUUCAAUCCAAGGUGGUGGAGAAAGGCAUAUAGAGCACAUUCAAAGGUGUAUUACACAUAAAGCAAUAGAAAUAUUUUCAUCGGCCACCGAAGGGAACUAGCCACAUCAUUCCCACCCACCCUUGUGGAGGAGAAUGAACUACUUCCUGAAAGCAAUUUAUUUAAUGGAUGUGACUAUUUUUCAGGUUGCCAGCGUAGUUCAUUGUUUUGGGUUAUGUUGUGGCUUUCAUUACCAUGGGAAUGUCAUAGUUUACAGCCAGUGGAAUGUAUUUUGGGAGAUGGUUGCAAUAGGCUGUAUGUAAACCCUCGCACUAACUAUGGUCUGUUGAGGUUCCCAACCUGGGCUCCAUGUCAUGGCAUAAAGUUGGGAGCAAUUGGUCUAUCGGAAAUUUUCCAUGAGUGACUUCUGGCUGAUAUUAUCAGUUGCACUGAACUAACUACUUAAUUUGAAAACAAAAAGUAAUUCCUCUAUGUCCCUUUCUCAUCCAAUCUCUCAAAUUUUCUCCACUGAGCACUCACAUCCUUGGGAGGGAGAGAAUUGGCAAAUCCAAUGUCCCUCCUUCCAAGAAGCACCAUGACAUGGUCUUCACCAGCCACACCCUUGAAAUAUUUAACUCCUCUGGUACAUGUUUGUUGAGUGGGAGUUUUGGAUAAAGCUCCCCGUAAUAGGCUGCGUUUGAAAAAAGUGAACGGGGCAGGAGUUCAGUUGGUGAAGGCAUUAAAUGCAAUCUUGCUGUGUAACUGGGCAGGGCACAACUCUGUUGCCCCUUUCACUUUGCUCUGCUGUGGUGGGAUAUAGCUGUAGAUACACUCUGGACAUGAAACUCAGUGUUGAGGUGUUUUGAUAUUUGUAUAAACUUGAUUCUACUGAACUUAAGGAUGUUACUUGCAACAAAAAAGUCAAUCUGCUACUUUAAUUCAUUAGGAUUAAUUACUUGACUUCUAAUGUUUAAAAAUAUGUACCAGAUGAGUUUGAUUGCCUCAGGGGAAUUGUAACCUGAUCUAAAUACAGGAAAGAUGCAGAAUAAAUGUAUUCAGAGUUGAUGCUUGCCUCUUCCCUAUACUUUCCUCGCCCUUCUCAUUUAGACCAAGUAAGAAGAAAGGGGAACUUUCAUGAUGACCUUGGAUUUGUUGCUAUGCACUGUAAAUAACUCCUGCAGUACAGUUUGGAAAUUCUGUUCUGAAAGUAUGGGCCAUCCAUUGCUUUGGGCAUGAGUACCAUUUCUGCUCUUGACUCUCCUGUGCUUCUGAUCUGGUUUAUGUGAAAUUGGAGUACUUGAUUUUGUAAGAUAGAAUUCUUUAGGGGUUGGAAAUGGGAAGCUUAAGCCUUGCCAAUGUUUAGAUCCCAGGAUCAGAGGAGAGUUGACCAUUCUAUUAUGCUGUACAAUGAUGUUUUUCCCCCAUUGGUAGACCAGUACAAAUACAAACCAGGGCUAAAUGGCACUAGGCUUCUAGAUCUAAUUACAAAAUCCAUCUGCUCACAACCUUUGGGGCUUGCUGUAGUCUGUUUCUCCACCUCCAUCCUGUCUGCAGGGACAGUGCUAGAGCACAUCUGAUUACUAAUCGUCUGACUGGACCUUGAGGUAACCCAGGAUUUGUGGUAAAGGGACAUUCCUCUCGCAUCUCCACCUGAGUAGCAUUCUUGAUCGUCAUAUUUUGUCCUUGUUUCAUGGGGCUGCUAGUUCCAAAUAUACCUCAAGUAUGUGAUUUUUGUUUUUUGGUUUAGAUUCAGACAUCCGGCUGGUGGAUAUCCCCAGAUUAAAUCAGUUUAAUGGUAGGUUUUGGGAGGGUGAAUGAUUCAAUGCUGUUCCCUUUUGGGUGACUGACCUACAUUCCUGGGCAUAAUGAACAAUUUCCACUCUGGAAAUUAACCUGGCAGUAGAGAACUAUCUUGAUCCAGUAAGAAUGGCUAUUUUCCCUCAAUUUUGACUGACAUCCUGUCUUUCAGUCCCAUAUUUUAAGCUGUAGUCUCUACUACAGGUUUAAUUUUCUAGCAGUCUUGAUGAAACAGCUACAACAUUACCCUGAUCUGUCCUGGUCUUUCAGGCCCAGUUCCAUGAACAAAAGACGAUGGUGCUUCUGAAGAGCUGUGACGCCUUAAGACCUAGGUCACAGCAUCAGCUUCAGUGAGGUAAAUUGAUUUAAAGACAGACAGCCUCCAGGUUAAUUGUACUGGUCUAUUGGGUACAUUAAGCCAUGGCUUCCAAAAGAGGUGCUUUUUCCAGCUAUUUACCAGCUCCAUUAAGAAAUUUUCUUCAGUAUGAUAAAUUGUAUCUUUGACAAAUGGUUCACUGCAGCUUCUAAAUGGGGAGGGUGGGCAACUGUACAUGUCUACAUUUGGGGGGGGGGUGUUGGGUGGUAAAGUGCAAAUAAACUUGAGAUUCUAGAUUUUUAAGAAAAGUAAAAAUGUUGCCUUUGAUAAAAAAAAAAGUUUCAGGAAAAAAGUCAUUUGUGAAUUUUUGUAAAAAAUGCUGCAAAAAUCCAAUGUCAAACGUACAUCAAGUGUCAUUACAAUAAAGGAAGAGUGUUAAACAGUUGUGACUCACUUCUA